UUUCAUCAUCAUCAUCAUCAUCACCACCAUCAUCAGCAGCAGCAGCAGCAGCAGCCCCGCCUCGCGACGUGAACCGCUGGCUGGUUCACCUCCAACGCACUAAAAACUCAACAUCUGGCCCGUCACCAAACAGCGCCUCCUCCGCCGCCGCCGCCGCCGCGUCCCGCGCCGCGGCAUGCCCACACUCCUCCAUUCAAGAAGCGGAUUUGAACCGAAAGGGGGACGAUGUCCGAGGUGCGAAAAUUCACGAAGCGGUUAAGCAAACCCGGGACGGCCGCGGAAGUCCGGCAGAGCGUGUCGGAGGCGGUGAGGAGCACCGUGGACCUGGUGGAGCAGCCAAAGAUCAUCGAGCCGCUCGACUAUGAGACGGUGGUGUUUCAGAGGAAGGCCCAGAUCCACGGCGACCCCCACCGAGACCUGCUGCUCUGCCCCGUCGACGAUGUCUCGGAGUCCCAGAUCUCUCGGCAGAGGAGGACCGUCGUUCCCGCGGUGCCCCAGAAUGCCGAGCGGGAGGCCAGGAGCCUGUUUGCCAAAGAGUGCAUCAAGAUGUACAACACCGACUGGCACGUGAUCAACUACAAGUACGAGGCGUACUCUGGCGACUUCCGCAUGUUGCCAAGCAAAGGCCUGAAGACGGACAAGCUGCCGACUCACGUGUUCGAGGUCGAUGAAGACGCCAAAGACGAGGACACAUCAUCGCUGUGCUCCCAGAGGGGAGGCAUCAUGAAGCAGGGCUGGCUUCAGAAAGCCAACAUCAACAGCAGCCUGUCUGUCUCCAUGAGGGUGUUCAAAAGGAGGUACUUCUACCUGUCUCAGCUCCCCGAUGGCUCCUACAUCCUCAACUCUUAUAAGGAUGAGAAAAACUGCAAAGACACCAAAGGCUCCAUCUACCUGGACUCCUGCAUAGAUGUCAUUCAGAGUCCUAGGAUGCGGCGCAAUGGCUUUGAGCUGAAGAUGCAAGACCGCUACAGCCACUUCCUGGCUGCAGACAGCGAAGCAGAGAUGGAGGACUGGGUGGCCACACUGAAACAGGCUCUGCAGGGCGGCACCGAGGCCGGACAGGACCGGAGGAACGGUGCAGAGUCGCUGGACUGUGUGCUAGAUGAUGACACGUCCAGCCAAGGGAAAGGUGAGAGCGUGCCGGAGAGCCUGGGGAGGAGCUUACAGACUGAACUCACGAAGUACACCAGGGAGACGGACCAGCUCAAUAAGAUGAACAGGAACGAAGGCAGACAGAAGCUGUUCUCUCUGGAUCCUGAAACACAGAGGCUGGACUUCUCGGGCAUCGAGCCAGACGUGAAGCCGUUUGAGGAGCGCUUCGGCCGACGCAUCGUGGUCAGCUGCCACGACCUGACCUUCAGCCUGCAGGGCUGCGUCAACGAGAAGGGCGACGGAGUCCUCACCAAUGUGGAGCCCUUCUUCAUCAGCCUCGCCCUCUUCGACGUCUCCAAGAGCUGCAAAAUCUCCGCCGACUUCCACGUCGACCUCAACCCGCCUUGCGUCAGGGAGAUGCUGCAGACGGACGCCGCGGGGCAGCUCUCCCCGUCGUCUGACUCAUCCGACGGCGGGUCAGGAGGAGGAGGAGGCAUGGUGAACGGAGACUCGGGGAAAGGGAACGGCCUGCCCGUCCUCCAGAGGGUGUCGGAGGCUCUGCUGCGCUUCCCCACGCAGGGCAUCUUUUCAGUGACCAACCCCCAUGCCGAUAUCUUUCUGGUGGCCCGUGUGGAGAAGGUGCUACAGAACGGCAUCACUCACUGUGCCGAGCCGUACAUGAAGGCCUCGGAUAUCAACAAGACGGCUCAGAAGGUGCUCAAAUCUGCCAAGCAGACGUGCCAGCGCUUGGGCCAGUACAGGAUGCCUUUCGCCUGGGCUGCCAAGCAGGUGUUCAAAGACGCUCAGGGCAGCUUGGACAUGGACGGCAAGUUCUCGCCUCUCUAUCGCCAGGACAGCGGCAAAAUCUCCACCGAUGACAUAUUCAAGCUGCUGGCUGAAAUCAGGAAACCUGAGAAGAACAAACUCCAGACCAUCCCUGGACAGCUGAACGUCACCAUUGAGUGUGUGCCACCUGAUUUCUCAAAUACAGUGACGUCCUCCUACGUCCCCGUCAAGCCCUUCGAGGACGGCUGCGAGCGGGUUUCGGUGGAGGUCGAGGAGUUCCUCCCCGAGGAGGCCAAGUACAACUACCCCUUCACCUCCUACAAGAACCAGCUCUACAUCUACCCGCUGCAGCUCAAGUACGACAACCAGAAGACCUUCACUAAGGCUAGAAACAUCGCAGUCUGCAUCCAGUUCCGAGAUUCAGAUGAAGAAGGUGCAGCCCCUUUAAAGUGCAUCUACGGAAAGCCGGGCGACUCUCUCUUCACGGGCAGCACCUACGCGGCCGUCCUGCAUCACAACCAGAGCCCGGAGUUCUACGAUGAGGUUAAGAUCGAGCUGCCGGUUCACGUGCACGAGAAACACCACAUCCUCUUCACGUUUUACCACAUCAGCUGUGAGUCCAGCAGCAAGUCCAGCAGCAAGAAGAAAGAUGGAGUGGAGUCAGUGGUGGGCUACUCCUGGAUGCCUUUGCUAAAACACGAGAGGAUGCAGUCUCUGAAGCUCCAGUUGCCUGUAGCAGCCAACCUUCCUGCUGGAUACCUGUGUCAGGACACCAGGAAGUCUCAACCAGACAUCAAGUGGGUGGAAAAUUCCAAGACGCUGUUCAAAGUGAGGAGUCAUGUUGCAUCAACGAUAUAUCCUCAGGAUCUUCAUCUACACAAGUUUUUCCAGCACUGCCAACUGAUGAGGACGACAUCGGAGGGCAACCAAGCCGAGCUCAUCAAAUACCUGAAGUGCCUGCAUGCCAUGGAGACUCAUGUCAUCAUCACCUUCCUACCCACCGUGCUGAUGCAGCUGUUUGAGGUGCUAACGGCAGCCACCAAAGAAGCUCACGAGAUUGCUGUCAACUCUCUGCGUGUGAUCAUACACAUAGUGUCCAGAUGUCACGAGGAAGGACUGGAACACUACCUGCGCUCUUUUGUUAAGUACGUGUUUGUAACCAACAAUCCAGCAUCAGGAAACUCGGCGACCACUCAUGAGGUGCUGGCCACGGCCGUGACAUCCGUCCUCAAGCAAACCGCUGAUUUCAACACCAGCAAUAAACUGCUUAAGUACUCCUGGUUCUUCUUUGAAACCAUGGCUAAAUCCAUGGCUCAGUACCUGCAAGAGGCAAACCGCAUGAAGAUGCCACGGGCCCAGCGCUUCCCCGACAGUUUCCACCAGGCGCUCCAGUCGCUGGUGCUGUCCAUCAUGCCCCACAUCAUCAUCCGCCACGUGGAGAUCCCGGAGGAGGCUCGCUGCAUCAACCUGAGCCUGGCCAAUUUCAUCAAGAGGUGCCUGACCUUCAUGAACAGGGGCUUCGCUUUCGGCCUGGUCAACCACUACAUGUGUCAUUUCAGUCUCAAAGAUCCCAAGGUGCUGACUGAAAUGAAGUUCGACUUCUUGAUGGCGGUGUGCAACCACGAGCACUUCAUUCCCCUCAACCUGCCCAUGGCUUUUGGGCGCACCAAGCUCCAGAGGGUCCAAGAUUUAAUUUCGUAUGCGACGGAGCUUUUUGGCCCUGUAGAGCAGAGCCUGGAGUUCAGCCUCACCGAGGAAUACUGCCGCAACCACUUCCUGGUGGGUCUGCUGCUCAGGGAAGUGGCCGAGGCCUUGCAGCAAGCGCCCGAAGUCAGGCAGCUGGCCGUGAGCGUCCUCAAGAACCUCCUCAUUAAACACGCCAUGGACGACCGUUACACGGCAUUCAAGAACCAGCAGGUCAGGAUCUGUUUAUUGUACAUGCCGCUUUACGAGCUGCUCUACCAGAACUUGAAGCAGCUCUCGGCUCAACCCGUCACCUCCGGCCCCGGCCUCGGCCUCAAUGGCUCCAGGGACGACCUGAUAUCCAACAGUUCCUCAGAUAGCAGGAGAAUCAGCACCGCCAUCGACAGAGAACACGGUCUUUCUGCCCAGAAUGGCCACGUCGUGAGGAGGGAGGACUCCAGAGGUUCCCUGUUCAUGGACCCGGGAACCCCAGACAGCAACGAGCUGCAGAGACGAGGCUCCACCAUGAGCAGCAGCCCCAUCGGCAGACUGGGGCCGUACGAAAUCAAGGGCCUCCUGUUCUGCUUCCUGCACAUCGUCAAGACCUUGACAGAGGACACUUUAACGGCCUACUGGAACAAAAUCAGCCCUCAGGACAUCAUGAACUUCCUCAGUUUGCUCGAGACCUGUCUGUUUCAGUUCCGUUACACUGGAAAGAGGAACAUUGGCAGGAGCCACGAGGUGUGUGUGUCGAAGCUGUUCUCCUCGGACAGGAAGUCUCAGACGAUGCCGGCCAUGCGCUGCAACCGUGCCAGCCUCAUUCAGACUAAGAUGCACCAGUUCGGCACCAUGGAAGCCUCCCACACGCUCAACUCAGGGACGGGGCCGUCUGAAGCAGAGAUCCACCAUCAGGCUCUGCUGGAGGGAAAUAUCUCAACCGAGGUCUGCCUGAGCGUCCUGGACGUCCUGGCUCUUUUCACCCAGUGUUUUAAGACCCAGCUGCUGGACAGCGAAGGUCACAACCCCCUGAUGAAGAAGGUGUUCGACGUUUACCUGACAUUCCUUAAAGUCGGCCAAUCAGAAGCUGCCCUCAGGCACGUCUACGCCGCGCUCCGGGCUUUCAUCAACAAGUUUCCGACGGUGUUGUUCAAGGGACGCGUCACGUUGUGCGAGGCGCUUUGCUGUGAGGUCCUCAAAUGCUGCGUCUCCAAGCUGGGAUCCCUCCGGGCCGAGGCGUCCGCCCUCCUCUACCUGCUGAUGAGAAACAACUACGAGUACACAAAGAGGAAGACCUUCCUACGCACACACCUGCAGAUCAUCAUCGCAGUGAGCCAGCUGAUCUCCGACGUGGCGCUGACCGGCAGUUCUCGCUUCCAGGAGUCUCUGUCCAUCAUCAACAACUUUGCAAACAGCGACAGGGCCAUGAAGUCCACAGCGUUCCCGUCGGAGGUGAAGGGCCUGACCAAGCGGAUCCGAACGGUCCUCAUGGCCACGGCGCAGAUGCGAGAGCACGAGAAGGACCCGGAGAUGCUGCUGGACCUCCAGUACAGCCUGGCCAGGUCCUACGCCAGCACCCCCGAACUGAGGCGCACCUGGCUCGACAGCAUGGCCAGAGCGCACCUGAAGAACGGAGAUCUAUCCGAGGCUGCUAUGUGCUACGUCCACAUUGCCGCGCUGGUUGCAGAAUACCUGCACAGGAAAAAGCUGUUCCCCAGCGGCCUCGCUGCUUUUAAGAAAAUCACCUUCAACAUUGAAGAGGAAGCAGCCAUGAAGGAAGACACUGGAAUGCAGGAUGUUUAUUACACCGAGGAGGUCUUGGUGGAACACCUGGAGGUCUGCGUGGAUGCUCUGUGGAAAGCCGAACGCUACGAGCUCAUCACACACAUCGCCAAACUCAUAAUCCCCAUUUAUGAGAAGCGCCACGAGUAUGAGAAACUGAGCCGACUGUACGACACUCUGCACAGAGCCUACAACAAGAUAAUGGAGGUGAUACAGUCAGGCCGCAGGCUGCUUGGGACUUACUUCAGAGUGGCGUUUUAUGGCCAGUGCUUCUUCGAGGAAGAGGACGGGAAGGAGUACAUCUACAAAGAGCCCAAACUCACCGGCCUGUCUGAAAUCUCACAGCGCCUCAUGGCUCUCUACGAGGAUAAGUUUGGGCCGGAAAACGUCAAGAUAAUCCAGGACUCUAACAAGGUAAACCCCAAAGAGCUGGACUCCAAGUUCGCCUACGUCCAGGUGACGUUCGUGAAGCCGUACUUCGAGGAGAAGGAGGCGCCGGAGAAGAAGACGGACUUCGAGAAGUGCCACAACAUCAACCGCUUUGUGUUCGAGACGCCGUACACGCUGUCUGGGAAGAAGCACGGCGGCGUGGAGGAGCAGUGCAAGAGGAGGAUUGUCCUCAUAACUGCCAACACUUUCCCGUACGUGAAGAAGCGUGUGGAGGUGGUGGCGGAGAAGCAGGUGGAGCUCAAGCCGGUGGAAGUGGCGAUAGAUGAGAUGAAGGCGCGGACGGCGGAGCUGAUCAAGCUCUGCUCCAACCAGGAGGUGGACAUGAUCCAGCUCCAGCUCAAGCUUCAAGGUUGCGUCUCCGUGCAGGUGAAUGCAGGUCCGAUGGCUUAUGCCAGGGCAUUCUUGGAUGAAAGUAAAUCCAACCAGUUGGGCAACAAGAAAGUAAAAGAGCUAAAGGACGUUUUCAGGCGUUUUGUGGAGGCGUGCAGCAUGGCUCUGGACAUCAACGAGCGUCUCAUUAAAGAGGAUCAGUUUGAGUACCACGAGGGCCUGAAGGGCAACUUCAGAGAAAUGGUGAAGGAGCUAUCGGACAUCAUCCACGAACAGCUUUAAGGAAAAAACAGAUCUACCAGGAGGAAAUGAUGCGCUCUCUGCUGCAAGUCAACUCCCUCCAUGUGUUUCGUGCCAUCAGCGGGACGUCCACCGACCUGGGCUGACCUUGACCGACCCCCCCCCCCCCUCACACCCUGGCACCCGUGGGCCACCCACCCCUUGUUUAUGGUCCUUUCACUCCUCCCUUAACGAUCUGAACUGGGCGAUAACGGGGGCAGCGGUGGCUAAGGGGUGAAACGGCUGCAGCAGUAUUUUCCGAGAAUGUAUCACAGCAUCGGCAUCAAACGUCUGCAUGUCAGGAGUAGGUGUUAAGCUGAGUCGCGCUAGGCUGCAUUGCACUUUUUUAGGAUUUUUUUUGUUUGUUUGUUAGUUUUUUCCCGCCAAAUGCAGGAUUGACUGUUAAAAGUUAAAAGUAGCCAUUCUUCCGUCCUCUCUUUGCAAGGUUGCCUUCCAGAUCUAUGCACACACACACACACACACCCCAGAACAAACCUGUACUACUUGUUAUCAACAUUUUGAUAAUAGUGUUGUCUCGUCUCUCUAGCGGAGGUCCUCGGUGUCCGUCUGUUUGACAGUUAGCUGUGUAAUUCCUGCCGGGCCGACGAGGUCGACGGACUGCGGCUCGGUCCGAAGUCGGCCUCUUUAAUUCAGAGUCAAAGAUCAGAUAAGACAGAGCUCAGGGUUGUAAUAAAGCUGCGUGACAAUGCUGCUGUUGAAGACUGAUUUGUGUAGUUUAAAAGUAGCUGAAAAUAAAUAAAUCAACCUAUCAGUAUCCUAGUUUAUAUCAGAUAUCGCAAAAGGGCAAACAAUGCGAUUGCGAACUCUAUCGAAGACUUAAAACAAUCGAGGGUGUGGUUUUGUUUUUCCUUUCUUUUUUUUUUUCUUUUUUUUAGAUCCUGUGCCUUCGCCUUCUGGAAAAAAUGACUCCUCGCUCAUCUCAAUAAGAAGCGUCACACGCUGGUUAAUUCACAGUAUUUUCACAAGUGCUACACUGAAAAUUAGCAGAUAGACGAAUAGUAUUUAAGAGCAGGUGUACAUAAUUUGUCGACAUGCUGUACAUUUUUAAGUCCGUAUCCAUGUACGUUUGUAAUGUACCUAUGUAUGUAUGUAUUAUAUUUGUUACGUUUUUUUUUUUUUUUUUUUUUUGGACAUUCGUCCGGU